AUGCAGUCGUGGGUGCUAUUAUCGCGUAUCAGACGCUCACUGAAACGUUGGAUUCCCUCCCAGCAGCCCCAGUACGAGCAGGUCGAAGCGAUUGAUUUAGAAGAGCUCCGUGCUGAUGGUUCCCGCGUGGAUGUGGCACGGCAUGAGUAUGGCAUCUUGCAGGACUGGCUCACCUCUUUGAUGCGUUCCGUUCAAUCAGCCGACUACUUGGAGCAAGCUUGGUUGCCAGGCACUUCAAAAGACGCUCAUUACUAUGUCCCACUGGCAGGACUGGCACGCCAAUCCCAGUGGCUAAAGACAAUUACAAGCAAGGAAUUCCUAUGUCCUCUAUUGGCUUCAGCUGGACUGGAGAUGCUUGCCUCGCUCUUGACGCUUCUCCUUCCGUUAUUCCUACGACGAGUUCUGCAGGAACCCACUCAUAUCGGAAACUUUGUGGCUCUUUUUCUAGCUAGUGCGGUGGCUACUUUGGCUGGACGUGCCAAAGAUCAGAUCUGCCGAGUUUUAUCUGUUCGAGCUUCGUCCGUCCUUUCUCUCGCUCUAUUCCAAAAGAGUGUUCGUUUUUCGAACCUGGCGCAUCUCCGGAGUCCAGUGGGAAAGGUCUUGGGCAGCUCGACAACCGAUAUGAUGUUAGUCCGAAACUAUGUUCUCAAGGUUCAUGAUAUUUGGAGUAGUCCUGUGCAGUUGCUCCUGAUUGCGUUUAUGAUCGUUCGCCUGCUUGGUUUAUCUGGGGUCGUGGGCUAUGUGGCAAUGUCAAUCCUUCUAUUUUCCCAGACUCGGGCAAACGCUGCGGUGGGUGUAGCAGUGGAAGACUACCUGCGCAUCGAUGAGGUGCGCAUCAAUCACCUCAACUCCGCCUUCCAAAAGAUCCGCGGGAUCAAAUCUUUGGGAUUGGAAUCCAUGUUUCUCAAGGAGAUACGAUCAGCCCGGGAGAUUCAAUUGGAAGCCCUAUGGCGUCGCCUGCGCGUCGUCUUCUGCUUCUUUAUCUCCAUAAAUCAGAUGAUUCCCGCAGUCACUGCCAUGGUUUCCUUGACGAGCUACUGGUAUACUGGCCACGAGUUGGUGCCAGAGGUGGUAUUCCCUGCCUUGACAUUAUUCGAAAUGACAUUUUCGCCAGCCUCCAAGUUCUCCCUCUCGGUAACCCGUCAGUUCUCUAUUCUCCCAUGUGUCCGACGAAUUCUCCAUAUCCUGCAACAAACGGAACAUCGGCCUGCCAGUCACGAACCAGGGGAAAUUUCCCAGCCGAGCGAUCCCAGCACCGGCAAUCUGAUCCAUUUUCAUGAUGCGAAAGUAUCCUACCCGACCGCAGAUGACAGUUCGACUAGCUUUGUCUUAGGACCAAUCACAAUGGGUAUCCCGGCUCAUAAAUUGACAAUCAUACAUGGAGCCAGUGGCAGUGGUAAGUCCACGGUGCUAGCGGCCAUUGGCGGGCAAGCCGAGGUCGUUGAGGGUCAACUCCUACGAAAGUCGGCUACGAUGGCCCUAUGCACUCAAGACCCAUGGAUUAUGCUAGGUACUGUUCGUGAUAAUAUCACAUUUUUGCGGUCCUACGAGCCUGUGCGCUAUCGUCAAGUCGUCCGCCUCUGCUGCCUCGAGUCAGACAUUGCCUCGUUUCCGGGCGGCGACCUCGCGAUUGUAGGGGAGAGUGGCGCUAAUCUCAGUGGUGGCCAGAAAGCCAGAAUUUCCCUGGCACGAGCAAUCUACAGCGAGGCAGAUCUUCUGCUCUUGGAUGAUUGUCUGGCUGCGGUUGAUCCCCGGGUGGCGCGCAAGCUGUUUCACGAGUGCAUCCUCAAGCUGCCGCAGACCGUUAUUUUAGUUACACAUCAGGCCGAGUUCAUCCGAUACUGCGACCAUGUUGUCUCCUUGGCCAACGGCAUGGUUGCUGAGAUCACCUUGGUGGAGGAGGAGCGCGCCCGUGGUAAGGUUGACACUGACUUAUAUCGAUUCUACUUUGAAUGUGCUGGGGGCCCUCAGUUCAUAAUGCUGCUCUCCCUCAUGCUCUUUCUCACCGUUGCUGUUCGAAUUGUUAACAGUUUCUGGUUACCAUGGUGGAUGGGAAAUGUGCUAUCUGUCUCGACAACUACUUAUCUUGCAGGGUAUGCUCUAGUCGUCAUGCUACAGGCCGCCUUCAUUGCCUCAGUUGGAGUGAUCCUUGUAUUGGGAACGAUGAAGGCUAGCCGGUGUAUCCAUGAGGGCGUCGUCACCCGUCUCUUCCGCGCACCUUUGGACUUCUUCAGUGGACAGCCUCUAGGUCGCGUCUUGAAUCGGCUAUCAGUAGAUAUCGAUGGGAUCGACUUUCGGCUCAUCAAUGCGGGCGAUCUAUUGCUGAUGGCUGCAACAUCGCUGUUUGCGGCGGUCAUUGUGCUUGUCUGGAGCUCUCCCUACCUUCUGCUGGCCUUCGGACCGAUAUUCUACUUCCAAUAUCGUAUUCAGUCGCUCUAUCGAGUGUCUGCCCGCGAACUCCGGCGCGUUUGUUCCAUCCUGGACUCCCCCGUCCUCUCCGUUAUUACGGAGAGUAUGGCUUCGAUGCCGACGAUACAGACGUAUGAUGCACGAGAGCUGUUUGAAGAACGUCACCGUGUAGCUCUUAGCCGGGCUAUUGUCGGAAUCACCGUCCGCUAUGCAUUGGAAACAUGGAUUACACUGCGGAUCGAGAUGCUAUCGGUGGGCCUGCUAGGGUGUGCGGGUUUGCUCGGGGUCUUCGGUGUGCUGGACUCGUUACAGAUGGGGCUCAUCUUCACCCUCAGUAUCUCACUGUCGAAGCAUAUGCACCAGUUUCUGUGGUCUUUGAUCAAUGUCGAGGUCGAGAUGAACUCCACGGAACGACUACGACACUACAUGACUCGGAUCCCGGUGGAAGAUGACCACCGCGUGCAGCCGACCAGCCCAACCUGGAUGGGGGAUACUCCGGACGGGGCGCAUCCUUACAUUGUAAUCAAGUCUCCUGACUCGGAGCCAGAAGGCGAGAUCAUCUUCUCCAAUGUUACCGUCCAGUAUCCGCGUAGCCACAGCCCAUCCCUCCGAGACUUCUCGAUGUGCAUCCGAUCGGGCGAGAAGGUGGGGAUCAUCGGACAUAGUGGCUCGGGGAAAUCGACUAUAUUGGCGGCUUUAUCGGCCCUCGCCCCGGUGGUGCACGGCCGGAUCACCAUCCGCGGGACUCCGAUCAACGACCUCCCUCUCACCACCCUCCGAAGCAUGGUGCAUGUCCUCCCGCAAGACUCGGUCCUGUUCCCCGGCUCGGUGCGUCAGAACCUCGAUCCGCAGCUCUCUCACUCUGAUGACACGCUACUCCAUGCGCUUUCCGUGGUGGGGGCAUUCCACGCCUUUGACCUCCGACACAGCGGCCCUCUGCCAGAGGAAAGGGGAGCGCAGGCCGAUCCUACACACCACUGCACGAACAGCAGCAAUCUUCUCGACCUUGUGAUUGCACCGGGGGGCACGAAUCUCUCGGCUGGACAGGCCCAGCUGAUCUGUUUGGCCCGCGCUCUGCUGGCCAACCCCCGCAUCCUCGUCCUGGACGAGGCGACCUCGAGUGUGGACUUGCAGACGGAGAACCAUAUUCAACUGGUCUUACAGGAGCAUUUCCGGGAUAGUAUCAUUUUGUGUGUGGCGCACCGUCCGACGAGCGUGGCGUGGAUGGAUCGAGUGAUCGUCAUGGCUGACGGCAUGUGUGUCCGCGAAGAAGGCCGGUCUGGUAGUAAUGCGGAUGUUGGAGAUGUGUCUUCAAAUUACUAG